AUGUCAAACUGUUCAUCAUUUUUUAAAAGUGAAACUGAAUUUGAAUGUACAAAUAAUGAAUUAACUUAUGAAUCAAUAUCAUUAAUCAAUAAAAAUACGGAAAAUGAUGAAGAACAACUAAAAGAAAAUUCAAUUUGUUCAAGUAAAGAUCUACUUAAUAAUGGUUUUUAUGUAUUAAAAACACCAUCAGUUCGUCCACGUCGUAUUCAUCAAACCAAUGAAUGUAGUAAACAAAUCUGUGUUCGAUAUGUUUCAUUUGAUUCACCAUCAAUAAAAGUUGUUCGUCGACGACGUGUCAUCGAAUCGAUUUAUUUACAUGUUCAACAAAAGAAAAGUAUAUUUGAAAAAUUUAUUCAUCUAUUUAAUGGAACAAAAUCAUCAACAAUUUAUGAAUUAGGUUUACAAUUUUUAUAUGUUUAUAAUGGAUUAUUUAAUUAUCGAGAAGGACAUACUUUUGUCAUGUUUUGUCGAACAAAUAUUUGGUAUUUAACUAUUGACAAAAUUAAAUAUAUUGAUUGUCAAUUAGAUGAACAUGGACCACAAUCAACAUUGAUACUCAAUUACAAAAAUCAAUUUACUUUUCUUCAGGUUUAG